AUGGCUGCUCCCAUCACCUCAAGGACGGAGACUCUCCAGAAGUAUCUCAAACUUGAUCAGAAGGGCAUGAUCAUGGCUGAGUACGUCUGGGUUGAUGCCGACGGUGGCACCCGAUCUAAGUCCCGAACUCUCCCCGAGAAAGAAUACAAGGCUGAGGAUCUUCCCGUCUGGAACUUUGAUGGUUCUUCUACCAACCAGGCUCCUGGCGAGAACUCCGAUGUUUACCUCCGCCCUUGCGCCGUUUACCCCGAUCCUUUCCGCGGCUCUCCAAACAUCAUCGUUCUGGCUGAGUGCUGGAACGCCGAUGGCACCCCCAACAAGUUCAACUUCCGUCACGACUGCGUGAAGGUCAUGGAUACAUAUGCCGACGACGAGCCUUGGUUUGGUCUGGAGCAGGAGUACACUCUCCUGGGCUCUGACAACCGACCUUACGGCUGGCCCGCUGGUGGUUUCCCUGCUCCCCAAGGCGAGUAUUACUGUGGUGUCGGUACUGGCAAGGUUGUCCAGCGCGAUAUUGUUGAGGCUCAUUACAAGGCGUGCUUGUAUGCCGGCAUCAAGAUUUCCGGAACCAACGCCGAGGUCAUGCCUGCUCAAUGGGAGUACCAAGUCGGUCCCUGCACUGGCAUUGAAAUGGGUGACCAACUUUGGGUUUCACGAUUCUUUUUGCAUCGGGUCGCCGAGGAAUUCGGUGCAAAGGUCUCCCUGCAUCCUAAACCGAUAGCCGGGGACUGGAAUGGUGCUGGCCUGCAUUCCAACUUCUCUACGAAGGCUAUGCGCGAGGAGGGAGGCAUGAAGGUCAUCGAGGAGGCUUUGAAGAAGCUGGAGCCUCACCACGUCGAGUGUAUUGCCGAAUACGGCGAGGACAACGAACUGCGAUUGACUGGUCGUCACGAGACUGGAUCGAUUGACAGUUUCUCUUGGGGCGUCGCCAACCGCGGCACAAGUAUCCGCGUGCCUCGCGAAACCGCUGCUAAGGGCUAUGGCUACUUUGAAGACCGUCGCCCUGCUUCUAACGCUGACCCUUACCGUGUCACAAAGGUUUUGCUUCAGUUCUCCAUGGCUUAG